AGUGGAUCAGUGAUUCAUACAGUAAUGACGUAAUAUCGAUGAUUACUACAAAUAGUGUAUACUUUGCGAUCCAUAUUAGCGUAAGAUAGUUUGGUUAUGUUUGGCAGGUGUGAAGGCCGAAUGCAGUUACUGUUUUUAACGUUCCUGUCAACGUAGCAAAAAAAUGGGUUUGUUUGGAAAAUCCCCGGGAAAAAAUCCAAAAGAGAUGGUUCAGGAAUGGACACACAAACUACGGAAAGAGGGUUUUCAACUGGAUAGACAGGUUAGAGCAAUCCAGCGGGAAGAGGAGAAAGUAAAACGUGCUUUAAAAGAAGCAGCAAAGAAAGGUGACAAGGAUGUCUGUAAAAUUCUUGCAAAAGAGAUAAUACGUGCGCGCAAAACCUGUAACAAGAUUUAUACCUCUAAAGCCCAUAUGAACUCUAUAUCCUUACAAAUGAAAAAUCAACUGGCAACAAUAAGAGUCGCGGGUUCGGUCUCUAAAUCUACGGAAGUAAUGCAAGCUAUGCAAUCAUUGGUCAGGGUGCCCGAGGUAGCCGCCACAAUGAGAGAAUUGUCGAAAGAAAUGAUGAAAGCUGGCAUCAUUGAAGAAAUGUUGGAUGAAACUAUGGAUUCUAUCGAAGAUUCUGAAGAAGUAGAAGAUGAAGCGGACGAAGAAGUAGAUAAAAUUUUAUGGGAGGUCACUGCAGGCCAAUUAGGCACGGCGCCUGCAGUUGUUACAGAAACUCCUGGUUCUGUAGUAGCAUCUACGUCUAUGGAAGAAGGUGAACAAGUAGACGAUAAGGAACUGGAAGAAAUGAAAAUGAGAUUACAAAGUCUCCGUGGUUAGCUACAAUAUGUAAAUAAUUCAUGUGUAAUAUCGCCUUUUUAGUAUUAAAAGCAGCUUGCACUUACUAAGUAUACGCAUACACAGAAUGCAAAUACAGUAGAAUAUCUGCCUAGUAUAUUUUAAUAAUAUUUCUGAAGAACGUUGAAAUAAUAAUUUUACAUUGAAUAACCAAAAAAAGUUGAAUAUUGUAACAGCAAAGAAAUGUUAAUUUUCUUUGUACAAUUUUUAUAUCCAGCUUUUAUAAUCUACGAGUGAUUUGCAGGAUACUGCUACAACUUGAUUAUUAACAAAGUCACAAAUACAGAGAAGCUGGCU